GACAUGAUAAUACACACUCAUGUACAGUAGGUGGCGGUGUGCACCUUUAGCUGUUUGCGAUCCGCCGAAAAAAAAAAAAAUCCCCGAGAAGGUGGCUGAGCCUUUGUUAGCAAACCUGUUCUAACACACAGUGUUAGCCACAGCUAGCUCCUGCUAACAACAUCACUGAUGUUUACUAGACUUAGAGACUCUUUAGUGGCUGAUUAAAUGAUAAAAAAAAUGAUGUGUCUGAUGAAGAUCACAUCAUUCUGGAAGUCAGUGGGGAAAGUUUUAGGUGUAAGUGGAGGUAGCUGUAUUUAGCAGUUAGCAGGAAGUCCCGGGAUAGCUGGUUACCUCAGAGAGUUGGCAGACAACAGAGUCAGCAUUGAACAUGGACCAAAACACUGUCAAGUCUUCUUGAAACUUCUUUUACUGAGGUUUUACAUUCACUUCAUAUCCUCACAAGCCGCGUGGCUAGUUGUUUUCCAAAGUUUCCAGCUACUCAGCAUUUUCACGAGCCAGUAUUUUGUUGGGAAAUUACGGUUUUCUGCCACAAAUAACAACAUAUUUUUGUUAAUUGCACGGCAUUCAGCACUGUCAAUUCUGUAAUUGCUUAAAAGUAUUCUGUGUGAUCAGGUAACGGCACACCUGUUAAUAUUAGCACCGACGAUCAUAUGCGGAAACGUCGUGUCAUUAAUUGGCGUGCGGAAUGUCACCUCUGGUGGUGAAGUAAGCGAAGCUGUUGCUCUUAGAUCGUGGUAAAACAUUUACCCAAUGAACAGGUCUAACCUCGGACAUGAUUAUUCACACAUCAUCAUUCCUCUUUCACCAAAAGGGCUAAUAUCUGCAACAAUGAUCUCUCAAAACAGAUGGGAACAUAGUGAUGGUUCAACAUCAAAGUCUCUUUUAUAAAUUCUGAAAUGCACAUCUCAAAAUAAGCUUUAUUUACCUUGAACGGCUUCAAACAUUUACAUAAUGUAUAAUACAGGAAACUACAGUUUUCAGAGAAUUGCAUGUUUCCCUUUUCUCCACAGACUUCAAGAUGCUGAUGGUGAAAAAAGAAGAGGUUCCCUCUGAACAGCAGGAGAGGAGCAAUGAGGAGCCACCACACAUUAAAGAGGAACAGGAGGAAUUCUGGAGCAGUCAGGAGGGAGAGCAGCUUCAAGGAUCAGAGGAGGCUGAUAUCAGCAUGGUCACUUUUUUUCGUGUCCGUGUGAAGACUGAAGAAGAAGAUGAUGGAGAAAACCCUCAGACCUCACAGCUUAAUGAAAACCAAACUGAAAAGGGCAGAGACAUAGAGCAUUUGAAAAGAGAAUCUGAUGGAGAGGACUGUGAAGGAUCAGAACCAGACAGAGACUUUAAUCCAGACAGUCAUUUACAGACAGUUUCUCCUGACAAGACUUCACACUUUUCUGGAUCUGAUACCGAUGACAGUGGUGAUUGGGAGGAGAGAGAAGAACCUCAGGAAGGUUUAAACCCUCUGCAAAACAAAGACGUACCUGUAAGUGAUAUGAACUGUAAUACUGGAAAUACUUCAGUUAGCUCCUCUGAAUGUGGUACAAGCUUUGGACAAAAGGAACAACUGCAGGAAAACAAAGAAAUCAAUACAGGAGAGAAACCAUUUAGUUGCUCAGUUUGUGGUAAAACAUACACAAAGAAAAUCAAUUUACAUCAACACAUGCUACGUCAUUCUGUAGAGAAACCUUUUAGCUGCUCAGUUUGUAAGAGGAGUUUUAUCUGGAGAGGAGAGAUGGUGACGCACAUGAGAGUUCACACUGGAGAGAAACCAUUCAGUUGUUCAGUUUGUGGUAAAACGUUUUCUCGACAGGGCUGUCUGAGGACACACUCUCUUGUUCACACAGAGGAGAAACCUUUUGGCUGUUUAGUUUGUGGUAAGAGAUUUGUACGAAGUGGAGACUUUAAAAGACACUCUGUUGUCCACACAGGAGAGAAACCCUUCAGUUGUUCAGUUUGUGGUAAAAGUUUUUCUCGACAUGCACUAUUGAGACAACACUCUUUUGUCCACACAGAGGAGAAACGGUUUAGUUGUUCAGUUUGUGGUAAAGGAUUCACAGAAAGUGGAGCUCUAAAAUAUCACUCUGUUGUCCACACAAGAGAGAAACCAUUCAGUUGUUCGGUUUGUGGUAAAUCUUUUUUUCUACGUGAACAAUUGAGACUACACUAUUUUGACCACACUGGAGAGACACCGUUUAGCUGUUCAGUGUGUGGAAAAAUAUUUGCUAAACGUGGAAGUCUGAAAAAGCAUUCAACUAUCCACACAGAGGAGAAACCGUUCGGCUGUUCAGUUUGUGGUAAAAGAUUUGUUCAACAUGGAAAUCUGAGGCGACACUCUGUUAUCCACACUGGGGAGAAACCGUUUAGUUGCUCUGUUUGCGAAAGAAAAUUCACCCGGCAUGACAAUGUCAAAAAACACAAGUGUGUUGGAUAGAGUAGCAGAAAUACCCUUAAGAUACUCAUUAAAUGUAACCUUUGAAUUGCGCAUACAACAUUUGCUGUCUUUAAUUGUGAUUGUGAGUAGAGACGUUGAUUUCUGUAAUUAUUCCUGAAGUUGUCUUUAUUCCAUGAUUAAUUUGUAGAUUUAAUGUAGUACUUUUUGUAUAACAAUAAAGCUUGAGUUGACAAACCAGUCA